AUGGCUGAGAUUGAGAUGGAUGUUGACUUGGCCCCGUCAAACUUGAUUGACGAGCAGGCCGACGAUGACCUCAUCGACUACGACAUCGAUACGACCGAAGACCAGACUCACGACCCGUGGCCAUCUCACCAGGAUGGGCAAACCUCAAGUGCGCCAGAAUAUGUAGGUACCGAAUCGAAAAAUACCGAACUCGAACACGACGGAGAACGCUCGCAAGAUACGGGAGCAGGCCGCCCUCACGACGAUGCGGUGUACAACCAUGAUGACAUUGCUGAAGAAUCCCAUCAGCCGGCAGAAGUAGUUGCCGAAAUACAGGAUGAAAACGUUCUUUUGGAGGCGGAACAAUCCAAAGCUGUUGUCGUUGUUGAGUCCGAACACGUAGUAGAUGAGAUUGAUUACGAGGAUAACGAUGAAACUGCGACAAAGGAGCCAAUCCAUCAUCUAGACGAGGAAGAAAAUCCUGUGCACGACAAUAUCACAGCGGAAGACGUCGCCGAUGCCACUGUGGCAGAGCCCGCCGUACCUCAGCCACCAACAGAACCUGCUGACAAUGCCGACGUGUCGGAGUCAGCGGCCAGAGAUGACGAAGAUGAGAUAACGUGGGAGCACGAGGAUGGUGAGCUAGAGGUUGCCAGCGGCGCUGCAGAGGCCAUCGUUCCCGAGACAAUCGUUCCACCCACAAAUGAAGGCUCAUACGAGCACGCCGAAACCCAGAAUAGUGAUUCACACGACCAGGCAUACGAACAGCAAACCAAUGCAACGGGCUCUGAUGACGAGGAGACAAUGGUGGAUGGCCCGGGAGAACAAGAUUCUGUGGAAUAUCAACAAGACGAAUCACUGUCACAGCCUGAGGAGACAACCUCUGAUGAGCACAGUUUCCCAGCCAUCACUGUACAAUACAAGGGCGACGAAUUUCCAUUCUUUUCACAAGAUAAAGCGCAAGGUUUCUUUUCUGACGUAUCCGUACUGGAUCAUUCGAUGGAGUCGGUGCUUGCUGGCCUUCGAGCAGAGCUGGAGAAUGAAAUCGCUGCACAAGAUGAACUUGUCUUCCAAGUCGACGAACUCGGGCUCGAAUUUACAGAGGCCACAGAACAAAAGUCCCUCGCGGCCAUCACACUACGACAGGUGCUGGAGGUGUUUGACUUGCUGGUGAAAAACCAAGAUCCCGAUAGUUCGCGAGUUCUGUACACGUACCUCUUCACAAGGUCGAACGCUAGCAAACGAUUCGAGUUCCUGGCUGAAAGCGCGGCAGCUGGUAGGGGGCUCGAUGAAGUGAUUCAUUUGUUUGAGUCUCCUUUCGGACAUCAUCAUGCCGCCGCUGAUGCCCAUCACGGACAUGAACAUGAUGAUGAUCAUGAUGAGGCCAGCGAAACCAAUGAUGCCACAGAAACUCACGAGAGUGUUGAGGACGAUGAUGAGAAUGAUGAGAAUAAUGCCGACGGCGGCAGUGAAGAAUCUGAAGCGUCAGAAGAAGAUGAGGAAGAGGAAGAGGAAGAGGAAGAAACCUCAGCCAUGGAAGAACAGCCUGUCGACACUGCGGAUCAGGACGAAGAGGAAGAAGAAGAAGAGGAAGAAGAGGAAGUAGAAGAGGAAGAAGAGGAUGAGGAUGAGGAUGAAGACUUUAUGAGAGAAACUGAAGACUUCAUCGCAGACGUCGAGGAGAUUGCGAACCAGGAGGGCGACUACAGCGAUGGCGGGGAUGAGGAGUAUAAAGAUGAACAGCUUCAGGCGGUGGUUGUAGAGCCGGCGAAUCAUUCCGACAAUGCGCAUGCAAAUGCAGAUGCAGAAAACGCACCAGACGCAACAUACUCAUACGGUAAGGCCACCAACAUGAAGACGACGUUUGUUUCCUCGGUUGCUAACAAAUCACGCCCAGAUGAUGAGGAUGACGAUGCCGACGCCAACCCAUUCAUUCAUCUAGAACUCCAAGAGACCAUGGUAACCGAUGGGGCCGAGAUUGAAUACGAAGAAAUCGUGCAUGUGGAAGGGGGUGAUGAAGCAUCUCGCCAGAUUCCCAUGCACCCGAUGGACGAAUUUAUGGACUCCAACGAGCCCGACACCGGCACGACCAACACAUUGGCCGAUAAUGCCGAAGCCAUCUCUACCCUACUGGACGUUGGCGCGGUGCAAGGACUGGACCAGGAGAUUACCAACGAGGACCUCGCCUUUGAUGAUGAGCCGCCCGAGAUCGAUUGGAGAGAUGGCCCAGACGCCGCCGAUGAUGCUAAGAACGACAACGACGUGCCUACACCCUCUGGCCUACCAAAACGGCGUCGAACCGAGGACGAGCAAGGCGCAGAAGACGAACAAGAUGUCAAGCGUCACAAACCAUGA